GGCUACAUUCACCGCCUCUCCUGGGAACAGCGGCCGUGCCAGGACUGGUGGCACCCAUUUCAAAUGGAUUCACUGGAGUGGUACCAUUCCCAAAUGGGCAUCCAGCCUUGGAAACAGUUUACACCAAUGGCCUUGUGCCAUACUCGGCCCAGAGCCCUUCAGUAGCAGAGACUUUGCACCCAGCCUUCACAGGAGUUCAGCAGUAUGCAGCUCUUUAUCCAACCACCACCAUCACCCCCAUCGCUCAGAGCAUCCCUCAGCCACCGCCCAUCCUGCAGCAGCAGCAACGAGAAGGUCCUGAAGGCUGCAAUCUCUUCAUCUACCAUCUCCCUCAGGAGUUUGGAGACAAUGAGUUGAUGCAGAUGUUCCUGCCCUUUGGCAAUAUCAUUUCCUCCAAGGUGUUCAUGGAUCGUGCCACCAACCAGAGCAAGUGUUUUGGUUUUGUAAGCUUUGACAACCCAUCCAGUGCACAGACUGCUAUCCAGGCCAUGAACGGCUUCCAGAUUGGUAUGAAACGUUUGAAGGUCCAGUUAAAACGACCCAAGGAUGCUAACCAUCCCUACUGA